AUGUCCACGCAAAAGGAGAAGUCGAAAGUCCACAAGUUGUCGUUGAAGGGGUCGUCAAAACUAGUUGCGGAAUUCUUUGAAUAUUCCAUACAUUCAAUUUUGUUCCAACGAGGGGUAUAUCCAGCAGACGAUUUCACGGCUGUCAAAAAAUAUGGGCUAAACAUGCUUGUAUCUUCCGAUGACCAAGUCAAGGCGUAUAUAAAAAAGAUCAUGUCGCAGUUGAACAAGUGGAUGAUUGGGGGCAAAAUAUCCAAACUUGUCAUCGUGAUCACAAGCAAAGAUACUGGGGAGCAUGUGGAGAGAUGGCAGUUCGAUGUUCAAAUAUUCAACAAUGGCAGAUCUUCCCGAAAUCGCUCUACACAAAAAGCAUCACCUGACAACGAAAAUGCUCCUAUCCCCACGAAUACCGCCGCCACUACCCCUCCUCCCGAGAAAUCCGAAAAGGAGAUCCAAGAAGAAAUUCAAGCGAUUUUCCGCCAGAUCACCGCCUCCGUGACCUUCCUUCCAGUCCUCGAUGGUAACUGCACAUUCAACGUGCUUGUGUAUGCGGACGCCGAUUCUGAGGUUCCCAUGGAGUGGGGUGAUAGUGAUGCCAAGGAGAUUGAGAAUGGAGAGAAGGUGCAGCUGAGAAGUUUCAGUACAAGCAACCAUCGCGUGGAUACGUUGGUUAGCUACAGACUCGCGGAUUGA